CUUUCUGUUCUAUCGACGCCUCGUACGCUUCACAGCAUUCGCCCUGUGGCAACAUCUAAAAGUAUAAGAGAUGCAUUGUCUGCCGUAAUUCUCAGCUCAGUUUCCAAUUCCAAUUUACUCGACUGCGAUUGCUGUGGUGGGUCUCGCCAAAAGAGAAGCUUGAAAUUGAAAGAGAGAAGGGGAACAUAGACAAAAUGGGAUCGUCAAUGGAGUCGCGGAUGUUCUUCUUCGAGGGUUGGGAGCCAGAUGAGGUCUGGUGGUUUUUGAGUCAGGUUGCAAUCGGUGGUACAAUAUUCAUAUUAGUCUGGAUGUACUACGCGAUCCAGUUCUUCGAGAGCCUAGAAGGCGAGGAGAUCAAGAGAUACGAGUUCGGCACCCUGAAACCCCCAGAAGAUGUGCAGAUUCUGGAUAGGCCUUCAAUCAAGGCUUCUGGCUCGACAGCGAUACAAUGCUACGCUCCAGCAACCGGACAAUUCUUAGGACUCAUCAACCCUACGACCCCAGAAGGCAUCGAUCGCGCAGUCGAGAAAGCCCGAAUCGCACAAGAGAAAUGGUCUCGCACGACGUUCAAGCAGCGUAGACAGGUUCUUCGCUCCAUGCAGGCAUACAUAAUGGAUAAUCAGGAAGAUCUCUGCCGCAUUGCAUGCUUAGAUUCUGGAAAGACCAUGGUCGAUGCUACACUGGGCGAGAUUCUAGUUACGGUUGAGAAACUCAAGUGGACGAUUCAACACGGAGAGAAGGCCCUGAAACCUUCGAAACGCCCGACGAACAUGCUUAUGAUGUACAAGAAGAACAAGGUGAUUUACGAGCCUCUGGGUGUGGUUGCCGCUCUGGUCUCAUGGAACUACCCUCUGCACAAUCUUCUUGGACCUAUCAUAUCCGCCAUCUUCGCUGGGAAUGCUAUUGUUGUGAAAGCUUCCGAAAGCACGGCAUGGAGUGCUACACACUUUGCGAAUAUUGCUAGAGGUGCCCUGAUGGCCUGCAAACACGAUACAAAUCUCGUUCAGCUUGUCACUACUUGGCCUCAAACUGCUAAUCAUUUAUCGUCUCAUCCUUCCAUAUCACACAUUACCUUUAUUGGCAGUCAACCGGUGGCCAAGCUAGUUGCGGCUGCUGCUGCAAAAUCUCUUACGCCAGUGUUAGCUGAAUUGGGAGGCAAAGAUGCAGCAAUCGUAUUAGACACGGCGAAAAACGACCUUCCACGCAUCAACGAAAUUUUACUUCGAGGUACAUUUCAAGCUGCAGGUCAGAACUGUAUAGGUAUCGAACGCAUCAUUGCCACACCUUAUGUUUACGACGACAUUGUGAAUGCUCUCGAACCUCGAAUCAAAGCCCUCCGCGUUGGUUCAAUCCUCGAUUCGACAGAUGGCAAGAUUGACAUGGGAGCCAUGAUCUCGGACGCCUCUUUUGAACGAUUAGAGAAGCUCGUAGAAGCUGCAGUCAAGGAUGGUGCGCGACUUCUCGCUGGUGGACAGAGAUACAAUCAUCCUGUUCACCAUGCAGGACAUUAUUUCCAACCAACUCUCCUCGUGGAUGUUACUCCAGAAAUGGCCAUUGCCAACGAAGAGUGCUUCGGACCCAUUUGCGUGGUGAUGAAAGCAAAGAACGCAGAAGAAGCAACUAAGUUUGCCAACAAGCCUGACUUUGGUCUCGGAGCAUCUGUCUUUGGCACAUCAGGCGCUCAAUUGGACGCCGUAGUUUCGCAUCUCAAGACUGGUAUGGUGGCGAUCAACGACUUUGCUGCAUAUUACGCUGUUCAGCUGCCAUUCGGUGGUAACCGCGGAAGUGGAUACGGACGCUUUGCAGGUGAAGAGGGGUUGAGAGGAUUGUGCAAUAUCAAAGCUAUCUGCGAGGACCGAUGGGGUUGGAUGGGCAUCCAGACAGCGAUACCGAAACAGAUCCAAUAUCCAAUUCCGGAUACGAGAAAAGGAUAUGAGUUCACGAGAGCAGUGGUCGAAAUCGGGUACUCGGUAACUUUCCGGAAGAUGUUUGGUGGACUUAUGAGGAUGUGGAGGAAUUCGUGACGGGGCUGUGGUGUGUAUGAUAGGAGCGUCUGUCUUGCUAAUACCAUAAUUGAAGAU